AUGCUCGAGACCGUUUCGAUAUCCCUUGCCACUGGCGCCUGCAGUCUCGCUCUCGUUUCCUUGAUCACCAUCCCUUCACUUCUCGGCAUCUCAUCCCACUUACGGAGCUUCAAACCGCUACCGGGCAUCUACGAAGACAGAGAUGGAGUCGCCACCGCAAGAUCCGUAGCCGAGUAUAGCAGCAAGCUUCCGAAAGCCCUGCUCGCCUUCUUCACAGGCGCAGGAUUGCUCACCUCGAUUGCUCUCGCUGUUCUCGCCACGCUUGGAGAUGGGGGAUCCAUGUUCGUGGAGAACUGGCUGUUGGUCGCGGAAUGGUCCCUGAUCCUGGUCCAGACAGUCGGAAUCAUCCUCAUCAAAAGCUCCGUCAAAAGCUACACUUUGGGGGUCUAUACAGCUCUCUCCUCCGUUUCACUGCUCGCAGCCCUCUUGUACCAAGAUGGACUUAUUGCACAGCAAACGGCGGGUGAAAGAUACGUCUCUUCCGCGGAACUGAGUCUCCGCAUUACCCAGCUUUUCUUGGUCGUUCUGGUGACAUUCUCCAGCGUCUCUCUACCAAGACGACCGGAAGUGUUUCAUAAUGGCGUGCCAGUUGAUGGCAUGCAGACUGUUUCUGCAUUUGAUAGAUAUACCUUUACAUGGGUCGAGCAUCUCCUCCGCCUCUCCCGCCAAAACAACCGCAUUGAACUGGUAGACCUCCCCAAGAUGGACUCAAAUACCCGGUCCCAAGAUCUAAGCGAGUCCUGGGCCGAGAAGCCCCAUCCGAAGAAGUUAUGGGUGGAGAUCUUUUUGGACCACAGUCGCAGUUUUAGGAACCAAUGGUGCCUCACUUUGAUCCAAGCAUUCGGAAACUUUGCCCCUCAGUUCGUAACCUACCACCUCCUGAAGAUCCUCGAAAAGCGUGUCUCAGGCGACACAGUCAGCCCCGAGGCGUGGAUCUGGGUCGUCGUUCUAACCAUCACGACAAUCGGAGCCUCCUGGAUCGAAUCAUGGCUCUACUGGGUCUCUUGGUCCGAACUCGCCAUCCCGAUCCGCGCCCAGCUAUCGGCGCUCAUCUUCCAGAAAGCCAUGCGUCGCAAGGACGUCAAAGGAGCCGCGAAGGCAUCGAAAAAGAAGGUGCCUGCUGGUCCGGAUACGGCGAGUGUGGCAGGCAACAAGCCGGAGCUGAACGACGAGGAGGGCGAGAACAAGGGGAAGCAGUCUACUGUUAAUCUGAUCGGUGUCGAUACCAAGCGCGUCUCGGAUUUCUGCUCGUUCAACAAUUAUCUGCCUGGUAGUCUUUUCAAGCUGAUUGUGUCGUUCGCCUUCUUGCUGAGCAUCAUUGGGUGGAAGGCUCUGGUGGCGGGAUUCUUGGCUAUGUCGUUGACGAUCCCGUUGAAUAUCUUUUGUAGCAAGAGGUAUUCUGCUGCGCAGGACAGAUUGAUGAAAGUGAGAGAUGUGAAGAUGGGGGUUGUGACGGAGGCCUUGCAAGGUAUCCGACAGAUCAAGUUCUCUGCUUUAGAGCAGAACUGGCAAAGAAAGAUCGGAAAGGUACGACGUAAAGAAUUGGAAGAGCAGUGGAAUGUCUAUCUCUCCGACACGUUCCUGCUAUUCUGUUGGAUCACUUCCCCAGUUGCGCUAGCCGCCACUUCCCUUGCAGUCUACGCCUCGAUUUACGGCGAGCUGACCCCGUCCGUAGCCUUUACAGCUAUCGGCGUCUUUACCAAUCUUGAAGUCACACUUUCUGUGAUCCCAGAACUAACCACCGACCUCAUCGACGCCUACGUCUCUAUGGAACGCAUUGAGAAAUACCUCGGUGCCCCCGAAAUCUCCCAAAACACUAGUCACGGCCCCAACAUCGCCUUCGAGAAUGCCUCCAUUGCCUGGCCCUCUGAUGAAGAAAAGGAGGUCGACGAUCUCCGCUACGUCCUGCGUGAUAUCAAUCUAUCGUUUCCACCAGAUGAGCUGAGCGUAGUCAGUGGAAAGACUGGGACGGGGAAGAGUCUUCUGUUAGCUGCUAUUCUGGGGGAAGUUGAUCUACUUGCUGGGAAGAUCAAUGUGCCGCAGCCGCCUCGUAGCCGAGAUCGCCACGACCAUCUCGCCAAUAAGGACAACUGGAUUAUUCCGUCGGCCGUGGCCUUCGUCGCUCAAAUUCCGUGGAUCGAAAACGCGAACAUCAAGGAUAACAUCCUGUUUGGCCUUCCGUACGACGAAUACAGAUAUCAGAAAGUUAUUGAGGUCUGUGCAUUGAAGAAGGAUCUGGAAAUGCUCACUGAUGGUGAAGCGACUGAGAUUGGAGCUAACGGGAUCAACCUGAGCGGUGGUCAGCGUUGGAGAGUUACGUUCGCACGAGCGCUUUAUUCCCGUGCUGGGAUCUUGGUGCUGGACGAUCUUUUCAGCGCCGUGGACUCGCAUGUUGCACGAUUUAUCUUCGAAAAGGGCCUCACAGGUGAGCUGGGAGUCGGCCGAACGAGAAUCCUGGUUACACAUCACGUGGCCCUAUGCAAAUCGAAGACGAAGUACGUUGUGGAGCUUGGCGAUGGGACAAUCGAACAUGCAGGUCUCGUCUCUGAGCUGGAAAACGAUGGUACUCUUCAACAGAUCAUUAACCAUGAAGCAGCUGAGGUUGAAAAUCCGGAUGACGAGGAUCCCACAGCUGUCAACUCGGCGGAAUCGAGUAAUGGGGAUAGUGCUGAGGCUGGAGAGGCGCUUAAGAAGGUCGACUCGAAGAGGGCGGUCAAGAAGUUUGUGGAAGACGAAGUGAGAGAGCAGGGGCGGGUUAAGACGAAGAUUUAUCUGGACUAUAUGACGUUCAGCGGUGGUUGGGCGUUUUGGUCUGUUGCUUUUAUUGCGUUCUCGCUUUUGCAGGUGAUUGUUACUGGUCGAUCCUGGUGGAUCAAGAUCUGGACCGGCAACAACGAGAAGCACACAAGUAUGACCCAUGCCUUCACCUACUCCUACCAAGUCCACGAUCUCUCCCCCUACAGAGCAAAUGCCACGCACAUCAUGACUACAGAUUCUUCAGCAAAUCUGAGGUACUACCUUGGUAUCUACGUUGCAUUCUCUGUCGCAAAUGUAAUCGUAGGAGCUUUCCGAUAUUGGUACAUUUUCACAGGCUCCAUUCGGGCGUCUCGUCGCCUCUUUGACAAGCUCUCCUUCACCAUUCUGCGUACACCCCUCAGAUGGAUGGAUACUGUGCCACUCGGCCGUAUCCUCAACCGCUUCACAGCCGACUUCAACGUCGUCGACGCCCGUCUCUCAGCAGAUAUUGGUUUCGGUGCCAACAACGCUUUCCGCUUAUUCGGAAUUUUGAUCGCUGGCGUAAUUGUGUCGCCCUACGUGAUCUUGCUCUCCUUCUCCCUACUCGCCAUCUGCCUGCAAAUUGCCCGCCUCUACAUCUCGGGCGCGCGAGAAGUCAAACGCCUCGAGUCCUCGGCAAAGUCUCCGGUAUUCGAGCAGUUUGGCUCAGCCCUCACUGGCGUAGGCACGAUCCGCGCCUUUGACAAGAGCGAUGUCUAUAUCGCCCGCAUGUUCUCCCGGAUCGACGACCAUAGCACUUCCUUCUGGCAUCUCUGGGCCUUCAACCGGUGGAUGGGAUGGCGGAUGUCUGCGGUCGGGGGUUUAUUCGCCAGCUUUGUCGCUGCCUUUAUUAUUUUUCUGGACAUUGACGCCUCGCUUGCCGGGUUUGCCCUCUCCUUUGCCUUGGAGUACGGCAAUACAGUGAUUUGGACGAUCCGACAUUACACCAACCUAGAACUGGACAUGAACGCUGCCGAGCGCAUCAUCGAAUACAUCAACCUUCCCACCGAGUCCCUCUCCGGCACCGACCCGCCAGCCGCCUGGCCGUCAGAGGGACGAUUGGAAGUCACAGAUCUCGUGGUCGGAUACGCCCCCGACCUCCCCCCAGUCCUAAAAGGCCUGACAUUCUCCGUGCAGCGUAACGAGAGGAUCGGCGUCGUGGGCCGUACUGGCGCAGGAAAAUCCUCUCUAACCCUCGCCCUCUUCCGCUUCCUCGAAGCGCGCGAAGGGAGCAUCUAUAUCGACGGCUUGGAUAUCUCCAAGAUCAAGCUCCACGCUUUGCGCUCUCGCCUAGCCAUCAUCCCACAGGACCCUGUGCUCUUCUCCGGCACGGUGCGAAGUAACCUCGACGCCUUCGACGAGCACUCCGACGCUGAGCUACGAGACGCCUUGCAGCGUGUCCAUCUCAUCUCUGCGUCAGAAGCGGACAGUAUUAACGUCUCGUUAGCCAACACGGGCACAAACACGCCUCUUCCCCGUCCGGGCUCUAGUUCCGCGAACAACGCAGCGAUAGCAGGCGCAAGCUCGACUGCCAAUGUGAACGCAACACCUAACCUCAACAAGAAUCCAUUUACCUCCCUCCACACGCCCAUCACGGAAGGUGGCCUGAACCUCUCCCAGGGGCAACGUCAACUCCUCUGCCUCGCGCGCGCGAUCGUCUCGCGGCCCAAGAUAAUGAUUCUGGACGAGGCCACCUCUUCGGUCGACAUGGCGACGGAUGCACUCAUCCAGCGCUCCAUCCGCGAGGAGUUCAACGACAGCACGCUCAUCGUGAUCGCGCACCGGCUGAGCACGAUUGCGGACUUUGACAAGAUUCUUGUGAUGGGUGAGGGCAGGGGGGUGGAGUUUGGGACGCCGAGGGAACUUUUCCAGCGUGUUCCUGAUGGGGUUUUCCGGAGUAUGGUUUUGGAAAGUGGGGAGAGGCAGAGUUUGGAGGCUUUGAUGGGGGGUUGA